AAUCGUUUCACAAGUCGUAAACCAGUUGGCGGUUGUAAGUCCAUCUCGCUGUACGCUCGUUCUGUACACGCUUUUUACGAUUCAUUUAAUCGUGUGUAAAUGUGCAAAUGAUAAGCAAUAUUAUAUAAUUUAACACCAAUUUAUAAAUUUCUUUUACAAAAUAAAUGUUUUUGAUUUUUCUUUUCAAUAAUUUGACAAAGUUCUUAAUGUUUUCAAUUUAAAAAUAUGUAUUUUUCAAUAAAAUCGUCCAUGUUUUUGUGUCGUAAAUCAUUAUCAUUUUGCCUACAGCAGAUUUGGAAUACCUCUAAUUAAAUUAUGAAAUAUGAAAAACAACGCAGUUGAUCUCAAUCGUUUAUAACGUUGUAGCCAUUGAAUGAUUUUAUGGCCGAAGUGGCAACCAACGAAAAUUUUACCGGUCUCUAUAUCAGCACGUAUGGGAGCGGUGGAAGUGGAGGCGUCGAUGGUGUUGUACAACCGACAGCAGUCGCGGACGCCGUUUGCAAAAUCGGAAGUAGUGUCAUUGGCCAUCAACACGGUUUUAUGGCACACCGCAGCUUGGACGCAUACGUCAAGUAUGCCGAGUUGUUGGCCAAGUGCGGGAAAGUGUCAGAAUCUUUAGAGUUAUAUGUUCGGUGUUUUCAGUUGGAUUCGUUGCCAGCCGAAUUUCUAUGGCAAGUGAGUGCCGCGUUUGUGGAUCUUAUCCGGAAACAGCAGCUCUUAAUCAAUAAUGGUGACGAAUCGCGUGCACCAGAGUCUAAAAAAAUCAUCAACGGGCCAUUUACCUGCGGCGUAUGCGAUAUGGUGCUUCGUGAACCAGUCACGUUACAUUGUGGUCAUACGUUUUGUAGGCGGUGCGUGGCCGGUCCUGGUAAACCGUUGUGUAUUAGGUGCGGUCAAAGGACAGCGUUUCAGCCGCACGUUAACGUACUGGUCAAAUCGUUUGUCGAAAAAUUAUGGUGCGAUCAGUUGAGGGCCGCUGAACUACUGGACGAAGGAAAAGUGCUUUAUAGUCAAGAAAAAUUACACUCCGCAUUGCUCAAAUUCAACAAGUCUUUUUAUACAGGAGGCGAGAACUAUGAUCUGCUAAACAUUAGAUCUAGAACACAAUUGAAACUCGGAUUCAAAGGAGACGCUCUUUUAGAUGCUAAUCGAGUGGUGCAAAUGCGGCCAAAAUGGUGCAAGGGGCAUUUUACGCGUGGAAUUGUUUUGCAUUCAACAGAAAAUUAUCAAGAAGCUUUAUUUGAAUUCUCUUUAAGUAUCAUACUCGGCGAAAAUGUCCAAAAAGUAAUUCCACAUAUAGUUGAGGUGUUGCAAAGAUUGUUACUGAUUUACAGUAAAGAAACGGAUGUUUCCAAUUUGGAAAAUUGGAAUCUUAUCACUCAUUUUACGUACCUGAAUACCUUUAUGGUCGAAUCUGACCAAUUCAAAAGCUUACCAAAUGUCUUAUUUAAGAAAAACUCACAGAAUAAUUCUGAUACCAAGGAGUUUGAUGUUACAAAUUCAAUAACCUCGUUGAUCCAACGAAUAAUGGAUGGAAUAACCAACUUUAAACAAUCUUUACUAAAUGUAAAAAAUUGUCGUGAAUUAUUUGUAAACAAAUCUCUAUUGGAAGAAUCCGAUUUUAACUGUGUCUUGUGUUGUGGAAUGUUAAAAAAUCCAGUUACAACGCCAUGUGGACACACCUAUUGCAUGGAUUGUUUAGAACAUAAUUUUGAUUACAGCUUUCAUUGCCCACUGUGUUUGACUGCGUUACCACCGAGUUUGGCGUUGAGCAAAAAGAAUAAUACCGAAUUUGUAGACGAGUUAUUAAAUUUGAAGUUCUUCAUGUAUGGACUGAUGAGAAUGUCUAAUUGGAAAAAGGAAAUUGAUCAGGACAACGCGUACUUGCCAGUAUUCGUUUGCACGAACGCUUUCCCAUCCGUAUCUUGUCCGUUGCACGUGUUUGAGCCCCGUUACAGGCUUAUGAUACGACGGUGUAUCGAGUCGGGUUCACGUAGAUUUGCUAUGAUUAGUCAUUGUCGCCCUCCAAUGAAAUUUGCCGAGUACGGUACUGUACUAGAAAUAAAAGACAGGUUAGUAAUGGGAAACGGUUGCUCUUUUCUCUCUACUAUUGGCACUAGGAGAUUUAAAGUGUUGGUUAGAAAAGAACACGAUGGUUACGACAUGGCCAAAGUACAAAUUAUACAAGACAAAGAAGUACCUGAGAAUAAAUUAAAAGAAGUAAGACAAAUGCACGAUAAUGUACGGCAACGUGGCCUUAAAUGGUUUAACGGUUUUCGAGAGGAAAUCAAAUCGGAAAUUCUAAGAACUGUCGGAUUUCCACCUGCUGUCGAGUCUAAUUGGGAGCAGCUGGUCGAUGGCCCUGCUUGGACUUGGUGGUUAUUGUCAUUGUUACCUCUGGGCGCCAAUGUUCACGUGGACCUUUUGGCAAACACAAGUAUUGAAGUACGCUUGAAAGUCAUUAAUAAGAUCUUAAGUCGCAUUGAGCAAAGCUCACUAUCUCGCCGUAUUACUUCGUCGGAUUAAUAUCAAUUACGGUGAUAAGCAGACAUUUUUUAUUUCUUGAGUAGUAAUUUCUCAAAGUAAAUUUUACAAAAAAAAAAAAGAAAAAGGCUACAAUAAUUUACUGUUCUUUACUACACAAUUCAUGCAGUUGUUUACUCAAUGUAUAGUGUAGUAUGAAUGCUUGUAAUAUUAAGUAUAUUGCAAUGAUUCUGUGAUCUCUAUAUCUGGUCAGUCAAAUUGUUGAAAAUGGUGAAAUGACAUCUCCAAAUAUCAACCUAUUUUUAAUUUAUUUAUUGAUUACUUAAUAUAUUUAUACUAACAUCGUCUGAGCCUUCUUGACCUACCAAAAGCCAUUUAUUAAAAAAUAACCGAAUUUGUAUUUUUUAGUAUUAAUAUAACGCACAAAAUGUAAUUAUUGAAGUACACGUUAUGUAUUUGUUAUGAAAAUUUUAUUGUAAAUAAUGUGACGUUUAAAUAAUGAACAUUCUAUACCGGAUUUUUGUUUUAAAUUGCUAAAUGAAAAGUUGUUAAGACAAUCGUUUUUCUAUUGUGCGCUGUGAUAAUUUUUUUUUUUAUUGAUAAUCUAGAAACAUCAAU